AUGGCUGGUAAUACAGGUGAAUUACUAGAAUUUGAUCGACAAAUCUUCUUGGAUCUUUUGAAUGAAGAUGGUUUAGUUAUCAUGGCCAAAGGCCUUGGAGUUGACAGAAUGAUGCUCAAUUUUUUGAAAUUGUAUUGCAGUCCUAAGUCAUUUGUACUGGUAUUAAAUACUUCUAAUUAUCAAGAGGAAUAUUUCAUCGAGGAAUUGAAAGCACACAAUGUAGAUCUUAUACCCAAAAUUAUUACUAGCCAGUAUUCAUCUAUUGAAAGGGAAGAAAUCUAUCUACAAGGUGGUGUUUUGUUUGUGACACCUCGAAUUUUGGUUGUCGAUAUGUUAUCGAAGAGAGUCCCAAUUCACCUUAUCAACGGCAUCAUUGUUGCAAAGGCUCACAAAAUGAUAGAGUCUUACCAAGAAGCUUUCAUUACAAGACUAUAUCGGCAAAAUAACAAAAACGGAUUUGUCAAAGCAUUCUCUGAUGCUCCCUCAACGUUCACUUCUGGUUUCUCUCAAGUUGAAAAAGUAAUGAAAAAUCUUUUUGUCAGGAAAUUAUUUCUUUGGCCAAGAUUUCAUGCUACGGUUACAGGCUGCUUGGAGAAACAUAAGGUUGAUGUAGUGGAAUUGUUGAUACCAAUGACAAAGCACAUGGUUACAAUUCAAACCGCGAUCAUAGAUAUUAUCUAUACGUGUUUGAAAGAACUGAAAAAGGGCAAUCCAUCGUUAGAUACAUCGGAUUUGGUGGUUGAGAAUGCGAUGAGCCAAGCGUUCGAUAAUAUAGUAAAAGUACAACUUGAGCCUAUAUGGCACCAGUUGAGUGGAAAGACCAAGCAAUUGAUAGAUGAUUUGAAGAUGCUGCGCUUGCUAAUCUUAUUCUUGACACAGUACGAUUGCAUUACAUUUCUGAAUUAUUUGGAAUCUGUCAGAACAAACGGAACACGACUGAAUAAGUAUUCACUUUGGCUAUUUCUAGAUUCGACGAACGUAUUGUUUACAUUAGAUACUCUUCUUGAACCAAAUCCAAAAUGGAGUCUGCUGACUAAAAUUCUGGAAGAAAUUAAGGAUAUGGAUUGUAACUCUGAAGAAAAACGGGUAUUGAUAUGUGCUUUAGACGAAAGAACAUGUUAUCAGAUUAAAAAUUAUCUCAUUCAUGGAGAACGUGAGGCUCUUAUGCGGAAUUUUAACAGAACCAGAUCAGAAAAAAAUAAAAUAUCCCUUGCAGAUGGUAAGGAAUCACGAUUUCACCUAUUAUGGUUAAACUCUCAAAAAAAUCGAAAGAAAAACGUAAAAGUAAUGAGGCAGAAAAUCAGGAAGAGACUAGCAAAAAGAAGAGCAAAACAGGUUUGUUGUAUAGCUUAUGACCCAAACGGCUUUCUAUGCAAAGAAUGCACAAAUGCUAUUCACUUAAAUCCUGAGGAAAUUGAAGGUCUUCCUCUAAACGCUAUUACCAUUCACCCGUUACAUGGCUGCAGUGAUCCAUACAGUCUUACACGGGUUCUGACUUCACUUAAUCCACGCUUUGUCAUCUUGUAUGAUCCAGAGCUUGUCUUUGUACGACAAUUAGAAGUAUUUAAAGCAUCACGGCCGGGUCAGCAACUUCGAGUAUAUUUCACGAUGUAUUCAUCAUCAGCCGAAGAGCAGAAAUAUCUAACGGCAUUAAGGAAAGAAAAAGAAGCAUUUGAGACUUUAAUUCGUGAAAAAGCGGCAAUGGUUAUACCUGAAGAAAGGGAAGGUAAAUCCGACAGCUGUCAGCAAUUUUCUUGCGACAUCCAAUCGAUAGCUAUGAAUGUUGACACAAGGAUAGCAGGCGGUAGAAGUCAAGUUAAUCGGAAUAGGAAGAUUAUUGUUGAUGUACGUGAAUUUCGAAGUGAGCUGCCAUCUUUAAUUCACAAGAGAGGAAUUGACAUAGUACCUAUUACUUUAAAGAUUGGAGAUUAUAUAUUAUCUCCAGAUAUGUGUGUGGAAAGAAAGAGUUUAAGUGACUUGAUUGGUUCUUUAAAUAGUGGUCGUUUAUAUAACCAAGUCGUUGCAAUGACCAGAUAUUAUCAACGUCCAAUAUUGUUGAUAGAGUUUGUUAAAAAUAAACCUUUCGUUCUUGAAUCUAAGCGCUUUCACCCGGGUGAGAUUUCCUUUCAAGACCUUACUUCCAAAGUUGCUCUUUUGACAUUACAGUUUCCAAAAUUAAGAUUGCUAUGGUGUGACAGUCCACACUCUACUGCCGAGCUAUUUGAACAAUUAAAGUUAAAUCAUGAUGAGCCUGACCCCAAUUAUGCUAGUGAAGUUGGAGAUGAAGAAAAUGCAGUUGUCCAAUAUGAUAUGUAUACACCUAAAACGCAAGACUUUGUUUUAAAACUUCCAGGAAUAUCCAUAAAAAACUAUAGAUCUAUUAUGAAUAAUAUAAAAGAUUUUCAAGAGCUACGAACUGCAAAUAAGGAACGUCUCAUUGAGCUGUUAGGCAACACAAACGUUGGAAAAAAUCUUUGGGAGUUUAUACAUUCUGUUAAUCAGAAAGUAUCUGCAACUUCUACUGUAUCAAGAAAGAAGUGA